CCUCAUUUCAUUCAAGAUGAAGAAGUGAGCUCUGAGAUGUGGGAGGAGGGACCAGUGAUUCUGAGUGGCUGGGCAGCUGGCGAUACAGGUGAGAGGAGCUAGUUCUCGUAUCACACAGCGUGAUAUACACCUGUAUCACAUGGCAUUCCCUACCUUGCAACACUUCAGCUGUAUCACUGUGUGUUAACUCCUACACACUUUCCAGCACUGGAAAUAUCAGGGAUUUUACCAACUUGUUGAAAAAGUUCCCAAAUGGCAUUCAAAAGAGUUGUAUAUUUUGUCAUAUUGACAGUUUUUGUUAUUGGUAAAUCUGCUAGUGAGGAAUCAGAGAAAUGUGACAAGAAGCAUGACUCGCAGGAAGCAACAUGGUCGUUCCAGAAUGGUCAGGAUGUGAAGUACAUGCCGGUGAUGUCCAUGGCCAUGCCCGUGAUGCGGGGACCGAAGGGAGAACCCGGCGUCUGUGACAGCAGUCAGUGUAAGUGUGACUGCAGCAACGUCAUCAGCCAAACAAAUUCAAGACACGAACGCAGAGCUUUACGAGCUCCUCAGGAUGUACCCUAUCAACGAAAUCAGCCAAGUAACUACCAGCAUUAUCGGGGUUCAAGUCCGCAAAAUGUUCAGAUGCGUGGUGUAAAGGGUCCGAAGGGGUCGCAGGGGGAGAUGGGUGUUCCGGGUCUGUCAGGGGUGCGUGGACCCCCCGGACCCCCUGGACCACGAGGAACAGGGGGUAAGAAGGGGGAACCAGGAAGACCAGCAUCAGGGGGACCUUUUCGCAGUUCCCCUGGGACUCAGGGUCCACCAGGAAUACGAGGGUUCCCAGGUCCUGUUGGGGGUCGGGGACCAGAAGGUCUCCCCGGCAAGAGAGGACCUCCGGGACCCCCGGGACCUCUGGGGCCAAUGGGUAUAUCUGGUCAGAAAGGAGAACCUGGCUCACAAGGAUUGCAGGGAGCAGACGGACUUCCUGGCAGGAACGGGGAUCGGGGUGCCCCUGGUGUGCCAGGAUUGCCAGGAUCGCAAGGUCAAGGCAGCAGCUCGAACCAGAAGCGUGUUGCGUUCACCGCUGCACUUACAGAAAACGUUGGCCCAGUAAACCUGGCAACUCCACUAAAAUACAGGGACAUCAUCCUGAACGAAGGAUCAGCCUAUAACCUCAUCACCGGCAUCUUCACAGCUCCAUACAACGGCACCUACGUCCUGUCCUACAACGCCUUAUCCCAGUACGGCCGAGCCGUGGAGCUGACGAUGCUCCACAACGCUAGGAUAAUCAGCUCUGUCCAUUCCCGGGAGACGGGUGGCUACACAGGAGUUAGCAACAGCAUCGCUGUUCGCCUCACAGCGCAGGAUCGGCUGUGGAUCGAGCUAAGUGCGGGUAUUUACUAUGUGUAUGGAGACACUGGCAGACACUCCUUGUUUUCUGGAUACCUACUGUACGCAGACUGAAGACACGACAAAACUGACGACUGAUCGUCAUUAAUUUAAUAUUUUUCAUUUUGGAUCAUGUGUUGAAAUCUAUAUGCAAAGAAUUGUGAGACAUUCGAUUUGACAUCAACAUGAUCAAUAACGCAACAUUUAAUCACCUGAUACUUUAAAGCAUAAUUUAAGCACUGGAUUAUAACAUAUAUUUUCCUAUUUUUAUGCAUUAUGUCAUAUACCAGUAUAUUUUUGAAAGUAAAGUUUGAAAGUGAAAAAUGCUACUGGAUGUAGGGCUGUCCAUGGGAAGAAAUUAUGAACAAUUAUCAAUAUAAAAAUUGUGUUAAAAUGGCAUCUUAAAUAACCUACUGUGAUGAAAUAAAGUUGAAAUUUACACAUCCAAUACACAAGGUUAUAUUUUUAUUCAAGGGUGGCUUCCAAAUUAUGUUCAAAAUGUUCUUUGCUAGAAUUCAUGCGUAAAUGUGUCACUCUACAUCAUUGACGUGAAGUAUGUCUUUUGGCAUUUAUGCUCGAACCUACUUCUCUAAUAUUUAUUGAUAAUUGAUUGACUAGUUUUUACAGAUUAUCAAUCUAUCAAUAUCAUUAGCCAGCCCUUACUGGAUAGGCCAUGUUUUGGUCUGGACUGAGGGUAUACGGUAUACAGGAAUCAGAAUAACUGUUGACUAUUGUUGUGAAUGUGAAGGAAGGUCCCAGUAGUGUUUGUUCUACCAUGAGGCCCCCACAACGAGUUACACACAUUAGAUACAUUGUUUUAUACUUCUUGUACUGAAGGUGACAUUAAAGAGAUCAUUUCCUCCUAACACUUACUUUUGAAAAUACAGUCAUCAACAUAUUGUCUUUCAUUUUUCAUUACCAGGUAGCUGAUUUACAAAAGAACGUAGCCUAAAGUUUUAUGCAGGUUGUCAGAAAAACAAUGAUGUUUAACUUACAGCUUAGUAUUACUACUAAUGGUAUGGCUUUCUUAACAAUAACAUGCUUUAUAGGCCUGGAUAUUGCCAAUUUUGUUGAAAUGAAAUACUUUUUGAAUUUGCUCUCUUUUUUCUUCCUGUUGAUGACAUGGAUAAGCUGACAGCAUAUUCAUCCAAAAAUGUUUUCUAAACAAGGAUACAAUAUUUAUAAUUUUUAAUCAAUGUUUAAAACUGGACAACAAUAUCUUUAUUUAAAUGUAAAGAAUCUCUUUGCUAGGAUUCAUUAAACUAGUGAUCUAAUUAUACAUAGUCAGAUUCUCGCAGCUUGACUUGUAUUCAUUAUUGUUUGAGACAAGGGAGCUUACUCUAAUUCCAUUUGCCGAUCUGCUGGAUGUGUUGCUGUUCAGACAGGUGGUGGGGCUGUGUGUUUUGAACAUGAACUUAAACAGGCCUAAAUCGCAUAGAAAUGGCACAAGCUAAAGCACAAGGCACUUUAGUUGGUACUCUUUAUUUUUCACACCAUAUAUAAAUUCAAGAUGUUUCGGUUUGCGAGAGAUGUAUGUGCAUGUUUCUUACGAUUGUGAGCACUGUGCCACUUAUGUUCUGUUUGUACAUGUUGCAACAAAGACCAUUUCUCCAGUGUCCAAAGAUUUUGAGCAAGUAUACAAUUUCUUCUUGGGGAUUUAAAGUUAUGGAUAAGAGUUAAUAAAAGAAAAUGUAUCUGCAGUCUGGAGAUCAGCAGGAAAACCUGCUUGACACGGGUUGAAACGGGUUCAAGGUGUUGUUCCAAACCAUAUGGACAAUGAAUCAGGAACUGACGAUGGGUCAGACCUGUGGGAGACAGCUUCCUACUGUAUUUCUCUAUACUUGUGAACAUUAUUUGUGUGCCAUUCUUGUACCAGUUUCGUUUGAGAUCAAACACAAUAUGCGAUGUUGUUUGAUUACUUCAUAUCAGCCUAUUUGUCAGGUCUAGCAGAAUUUAUGUCUCGUGCCUUUGUACUAUAUGAUUACUGAAGUUAAAUUUGUUUAUUAAACAUGGGAGUCAAAA